ACAUUUGUGUCCACACUAUCACCACAAAUGUCUUCACACGUAAAGAUCUGCUCUAAGUUUGCGUCCAAUUUAGUGAAGCAAAGCAACAAAAGGUUGGCCAUUGACUUGAAAACACCCGUCAAGACAUUGUCUCAAUUGGUGUCCAAAGAACUGGAUAUAACUGAAGACAAAUUUGAUCUCAUGUGUUUCGGACGUAUUCUGUCGUCGGAUCAGAUGCUGGACUCGUAUGGCGUCAAAGAGGGCACAACUGUCUUCGUGUUAAACAAAACAGAUUUGUCUGCCUUUGAGGACAACUCAGACACCGAACCCAUGGACACGAGACCAGCCAUCUGUCAGUCAGACAUUCAGCAUAUGGUGAUCGCUUUGAGGACGGCUUUGAUGGACAACUCAUUCCGUCAGAUGUUGGAGAAGUUGAGUGAACCUGAGUUUCGCGAGAAUCUGAUGGCAGUGACGCCCGGACUCAGAGAGGAUACCACGGCUUUCGCUAUACUCCAAGACUGGGAUCUGUUGGGAGUGUUGACGGAACCGACGAAUAUCCACCGCGUGUUGGCCCGACACCCGUGCCUUUUGGAUGCGUCCACUUUCCUGGCGGCAACUUUUCACGAGGAGUCCAUCGCCAACGAGACUCCCGGUACCCGACCGCCGGACUACUCAUUGGAUUCCAUCGAUGACGACGAGGACAUGGAUGAGUCUGAAGGAGGAGGAGCUGACCCGACGACUGCCCGCAAUAUCGCGGACGCAAUGAUUCGCUCGUUUCAAUCAAACCAGAACUCGAGCCGUAGGUCUAACCCAUCGACCAGUUCUGAUAUGUUAAGACAAGCGCUUCAGAGCUCUGCGUCGACAUCGACUACGAGUCCAACGAGUGAGCCAUCCCUGCCGUCCACCAGUUCGAGUACCGGUUCAGUUGCUGCCCGACUCCGGGGUUGGGCCUCACAGUUGCAACAGUUGAGGGAUUUAGGUAUUAAUGAUGAGAUCGUUGCCAUUCAAGCCCUCGAAGCCACUGAUGGUGAUGUUCAGGCGGCCAUUAAUAUUAUAUUCAGUGAUAAUGAUAAUAAUCAAUAG